AUGGUGACCUGCGACAACGGUAGCGCGCCGCUAGGCGGGUUCCGCCUGGGCGCGCGCGAGGACGAGCCGCGGCGUGCGCGUGCACCGUCCAUCUCCUCCCUCUCCUACAAACACAAGAUAGACGCACUCUUUGAUGACACCAGGUCCCUAACCAGCCAUCAUUACACGCCGGUGCACAAUUCAGAUAGAGACCCUAAGGUGAAUUCAACGCACGAAGGCAAAGUAACAAUAUACGAAGAUGACGACGGCUACUGUCAAAGCAAAAUUAGCAAUGUCAACAACACAGUGCAGGAUCGUAUAGAACGAAUGUUCGCAGACAUGGCGGGCGAGUCCAAGCAGGCAGUCGAGAGCAUCGGCGUGCACAUCUUCAAUGUGCACUACCUCGGCUCCACAGCUCUGCACAGUAAGGUCACCAGCCUCUCUGGACUCCAAACACCUCUAAGAGACCUGUACUUCACGUACAGAAGAAAUUACCGCCAUAAAAACGCCCUCAACGGGCGAUUAGAAAUCUCAAAAAGCGGACUAAAAGUACGAUACAAAGGAGAAAAAGGCGACCUCGAACAACUGAACCCCUUCCCCACGAUAGCAGUCUGGUCAGCAGUUAAAUUCGUCGUACAACCCUCCGAAGAAGACGACCGCGAUCUAUGCUACGCCUUCCUGCCCCUUAUCACCGAUCCUGAUAACAUCGACCGACAAGCCCUUUUCAAAACUUUAGAGUCACCAGACAAAAAGUAUAUCCUCUCCCACAACGAAAACUCGCAUUCACCCCUUUUCGCUGUUGUGAUGAGGAAGAUCGGCGUCGCAAAGCAGUUGGAGUGUCAUGGGUUUGUAUGUCAGACGACAGAGGACGCUAUAGUAAUAGCGGCCACGUUAUACAAAUCUCUGAUGGCGCACAUGAGCCGGCAGGGUCACACUGACAAGAAGAAGCUCAAGAAUCGAAACGGAGUCAGCUGCAUGAGCGUUGGAAGCAGCAUGUCGCCAAACGAAAUACCACUCAGGCCGCCGCGCAAGAAGAGGAGCACCUCCUCGUUGAGCGGUGACAGUGAUAGAGCAGACGGGUUCUCUGCCUGCGAAUCGUUCACGGAAAAACCCAAAUUGGAAAGGACGAAGAAGUUGUCUUCAGAGAGCCUGCCGCGCCCUCCCCCACCUCCGUCGAUCCCUCCCGCCGAUGUGAAAAGAAUCACAGUUGAGGAAGUCAAAGCUAAACUGGAUUCAAUUAAGCAUAACGACACAAGUGGCAGCGAUACGCAGGGCUCGAAGAAGUCCAUGAAGAAGGCUCAGAAUCCCAGCCUCCGCCAACUUCAGAAUCUCAAAAACACACACAGCAGCGAAUCCUCCGUCCGAAGUAAAGUUUCCGAGAAAAUUGAACUGUUUAGAGAGUUGGAACGACGGAAGAGUAUACAGAGACCACCGACCCUACCUCCUCCGAUACCAUUAAAGCCGCCUUCGGAAGCCCCACCGGAGCCUCCCAAAGAGCCUCUACGGAGAAGUCAGAGUGGAAGAAAGUCUAUAAACGAGUCCGGUGAUAUACUAACGAAAGUAGCCAUUCCUCGCUCGGGUAGCUUCCUAAACGCGGGCGGUCUGACUAGGUACAAGUCGAUUGGACACAGAAACAACGGUAAGAAAGGAGGUGGGUCACCGUUAGGGUUCAAUGAACUUUUUAAUGAAUUCAAAGUUCAGGAGAACUUGCAUUCAAUGGAUGAAAUCCUAAAUGCCAUAAUAGAUGCUGAAGGGAUGUCCUUCAAUGACUUAAAACCGAUAUACAAAGAAUUCCUAUUAAAACUAGCCGUAACUUUGACGAAAGACGAGAUUUUCCAACAUAGUAAAGCAAUAAUGAAGAAACAAAAGAAAAAGAUACUCAGAAGGAACAGUAUGUUUCAGAAUAAGAGACGGAAGAUAUUGAAAGGCGCGAGUGGUCUCCGAAUGGUGUUCAGAAUGCCAUUUGGCAAAGACAUUAGAAGUAAAGAGAGCAAGCCUCUUGGCUGCGAAGAUUUAGCGAAAGACCCUGUAUCCGAAAGUUCAGUUUCGACAUCUAGUUACGAUUUGCGGCAAUUUCGUCCGAAAGAGCCAAUGUUACCUCCACCAAAGCGACAGGCAUCGAGACAGAGACAGUCAAAGCGAUCUGACAAGAUGGUCCAUGUUUCAAAGAGAACUGGAAAGUCUAGGCCUGGAGAAAGGACGUCGACGUCAGAAGACUCGGAUUUUCUUACCCUGAGCAAUAGGUUAGGAUGUCAGAACAGAAACAGUUCCAGUGGUUAUGUGUCUUGUUCUGAAUGUGAGUCGGAGAGCUGUGUUGAUAGAUGUUAUUGCUCCUUGAAAGGUGGAAGCAAGUCCAAAUGCUAUUGCUCAGCGAUGGAAACCAAGGACUCGGCGAAAUCCAAGCUUUUGAGUAAAAGCAAGAGCUGCAAAGAUUGUUCAAAAGAAUGCUACGAUGGCGACUUCAGCUACUGUUCCUGUGACUCCGAAAGCUGUGCAGACAGUAACAAGUGUUACUGCACCGGUCCUCGAAGGGUGCAGGCCUCACACAGCAUGGAGUACCUUCGGAGCUCCUCCAUGUCCUACUGCGACAGGAUGAGGAUAAGUGAUGAUAAGAGUGGAAGGACUAGUCGCUGGGGCGCCAGCGCAGGUGGUCGUCGUCGGUCGGAGCGUGGUCGUCGCGCGCGCAGCUCUGACAGUCUCGCACUAGACUAUGAACUACUGCUGCAAAAUAAACCACGGACAAGAAACAUGCAGAGACUUACCGUGCGCAGUACAGGCGCGGGGUCCCAGGAGGCUCUAUCAGUGAAGAAGUCUGCGGAGAUGGCCGCUCUGUUCGCGGACGUGCGCCUGUCGCAGCGCACCGACGUGCGCGCGCUGUGUGGCCGCGCGCCGCCCGCCGCGCGCCCCGCGCUGCACGCGCCACUCACCAGGAACGCCAGCCUGGAGGACACGCUGGGGUACCUGCCCUGA